UACGGUCAGACUCUCGAUCUGACGCAGUGUAUCCCGACGCUCAGCAUCCUUCAGCGCGCCGCGCGCAGCAUCCGACAACGGCCUGGACCGGACCAGACACUAGGACACCGCUUACCGUAGAGAUGUAGCUGUGAAUAAUCUUCAUUAUAUCAGCUAAACGAGGAACCGUCGACAUUUAUUGUUUAUUUCACGCCUGUCAUCCGGAUCGCAUUGCGCCCAACCCUAAAAAUGACUGAGAUCACUGAAAUACGUGCGGCGUACGAUAUGUCCCCAGUGCUGGCGGGGUUUAUCGGUGCUGGUGUGUUGGUCGUUGCAGGGAUUGCAAUAAUCUUUGUGUGGACUUGCUGUCAAAAACAUUACAACAGGACGAACUACAAGCUUCAUGGAAUCCAAUCUGAACACAGUGAUCCUCUCACAGACCCUCCGUACAGGUUUAUUCACAUGUUGAAAGGAAUGAGCAUCUACCCCGACGCGCUCACCAGCAGCAAGAGGAUCAUACGAGUGGCACGCCAGGCCCGAUCCCAGACCACCGACGGGGCUCAAAGCAACAAUGGCCGCCCAGUGGUGCUCAUAGAUAUGGACUCGGCAGCAGAAAGUGGCCUGCUGGGAGAGAAACAAAUGCAGAUGAGUCUUGGGGAAAGUGGCCAUGAGGUCCCCAAGCCGGAGAGGGAAUUCCCCAUGUGUGCUGAUCACUGCUGUCUGGACAGCAGCUCUGCUAGCAGCAGUCAGACCUCCAGUACUACGGUUUCCAGCACGGCUACACCCUUCACCCCCGCAGAUGAGCCCAGCCGAGGAGAUCUCAGCAUUGCAAUCGACUACAACUUCCCCAAGAAGGCAUUGGUGGUCACCAUCCUCGAGGCUCGGGGGUUACAGGCAGUGGAAGGCCAGGCGGGCAGCGCCGACCCCUAUGUGAAGAUGACCAUUCUCCCAGAGAAGAAACAUCGCGUUAAGACUCGGGUCCUGAGGAAGACUCUGGAACCUGUGUUUGAUGAGACCUUUACAUUUUAUGGCAUGCCAUACAGCUCCCUGUCAGAUCUCACUCUGCACUUCCUGGUGCUGAGCUUUGACCGGUUCUCACGAGACGAUGUGAUCGGGGAGGCGGUGGUUCCGCUGGCAGGUGUGGACCCGAGUACAGGCCGGGUCCAUAUUACGCAACAGAUCACAAAGAGAAGCAUGCAGUGCAUGAGCCGUGGAGAGCUGCUGGUCUCUCUGUCCUAUCAGCCGGUUUCUCACAGACUGAGUGUGGUGGUGUUAAAAGCGAAACACCUUCCAAAAUUGGACAUCACUGGCCUAUCUGGAAAUCCGUAUGUGAAGCUGAAUGUGUUCUAUGGCCACAAGCGCAUUGCCAAGAAGAAAACGCACGUGAAGAAAUUCACACUCAAUCCUGUCUUUAACGAAUCCUUCAUCUACGAUGUGCCCGCUGAGUUGCUGCCAGACAUCUCUAUUGAGUUCCUAGUCAUGGACUUUGACCGCACUACUAAAAACCAAGCCUUGGGACGCCUGGUGCUCGGCGCAAACAGCCCCUGCCCCUCAGGAGCCACCCACUGGCAGGAGGUCUGCCAAAACCCACGGCGCCAAAUCUCAAAGUGGCACACGCUCAGCGAAUAUUAGAGCUUUACCACGCUCUCUCCACACACGCGCUCAAACACAGGCUCACAGGAACCAUUAAAUGAUAAAAGAGAGAGUUUUGGGAAAAGAUGCCCUUGUUACGUCACUACACGGAAGGUAACUGGUUAUCAGGAGGACUUAAAAAACAGACUUAAGCCAACUUUUAUGACAUUGCUAAUGCAAUGAUGGGCCUGGGAAAUGAAUCUUUUUAGAAACACAAGUACACAUUUACGUUCUCGCUCAGUUGCUCACAUAUACACACACAUACACACCGCCUAAACACAAACACACAUGAUAAACGAGACCAAACUGACAAAAAUAUAUUGACAGACUGUUAGAGGUUUAUGAGGGUUGGGGUUCUGUAACUGUCCUGGAACUUAACGCAUGUCUUAAUGCUCCAUAUUUCACAUCAGAACAGGACAUUAUGUGAAUUUGUGAUGCUGGCACACAUUAAACAGGCUUUUUUAGGCAUCUGAUUAACGGAAUUUCAAUAAUAUUCCACAUUAUUUAAAGUUAGUGGAAGGUGAUUGAUUUGAGGGAGCUUGUGGCGAGCGUCUUCUGAUAUGUACUGAUUCUCCACUGUAUGAGAAAUACACUGAAGUGACACAGUGAGGUUGUAUGAUCUACGCUAAAGUACGAUCUGUUCUGCUUUGCCUGGAGAUGUUUCGGAGAUUCCCGCUGUGUCACAUUCUCCACAGCUACAAGUUGAAUCAUGUGAUUGUACAACAAUAACCCUAUUGGCAGCACUCUGGGCCUGAUUUAUUGCUUGUGCAAUGACUUCAUCAUGCACUUUGACUAAACCUGGCCCUGAAUAACUUAAUCUGCACUGCUAUGCUACAAACACACUUUGAAUGUCACUGUCUGUAUGAAUUUCAUACAUCAGAGCUUCACUUCACUGUAAAAGAGUGGUUCACUGUUUCAUAGACUGUACUAGCCAAUUUCAUUAGAUGACCUUUUUAAGGUGGAUUGGAUUCACUUUCAUUUUAAAUCCUGUGUGAUAUAGACAAAGAGGUGUGUUUGUAGUUCGGAGCUGGAAAGCUCUGGUAUAUUACGGGGUGAUGUUUGGUGUGAUGUUUGGGAAAUGGAAAGAUAUGUAGCAUUUUAUAAUUAGUAGUUCAUAAAGUCAUGGGGUAAGAUGUUCGUGUUAUUCUAUCAGUAACAACAAGCAUAUCUCCUUCACCUCACGUUCACUUUUUUGUCUUACACCACUUUGUCACAUCUCUCUUUUAUAAUGAGAACAUGUAAAGUCAUGGUUUGCCAGUGUGCCUGCUGAUUGGUGCUCCUCACUGUUAAUGAGGUCUGAAUCUGGCAUAGAGUGUACUGUUUUAUAUGGAGUGAGAAUUAAGUUUGGGAACCAAAAAUCUGAGCUGAUUCCAUUACUAAAAAAAAAAAAAACACUCAAAACAAAUGUACUUUUUAACAAUUAUUGCAUGUGCAUAUUUGGCUAAAACCUUGUUUAAAAAACCUCAGUUUCUUUUCUUCUAAAUUUCCUACACAAUUUAUUCAGCACAGUGCCACAACAUCCGCUACUGAAUUUACAGUGUGAACCACAUAGUGAGCCCAUUGUAGUCCAGUUACAGAAUAAACAGCUCUUUCACUGAAUCAAAGCAUACAGUGUGGACUGUGUAGUACAGAUCCUUAACCAAUAAUGAAUCAAACUCAAUAAAGGGUCUUUACGAUGCCAUAGAAGAACCAUUUUGUAUAAAUGGUUGCAUAAAGAACCUUUAACAUCUGAAGAACCUUUCUGUUUAACAAAAGGUUAUUUAUGGUGAAAGAAGGUUCUUCAGAUUAUAAAAAGGUAAUAAAGUGAUGGUUCUUUAAAUAACAUUUGACUGAAUGGUUCUUUGUGGAACCAAAAAUGGUUCUUCUGUAUGGCAUCAAUAGGGGGAGUCUUAUAAAGCACCUUUAUUUUCAAGAGUGCUGUUCUUUUUAAUGAAUCAAAAACACACAGCACAGUUAAGUGCAAUUCCCAGAAAUUAGGUCUCUAAUUAGUUUUUCUGGAACUGAAUCAAAAUAAUUUAGCUAACCAGUAUAUUAGGAUUCGCAAACAAAUAACUCUCGAGUCAGUUCUUUUUAAUCUUUUUAAUCGAACACACAAAACACCUAUAGUACACUUUUAAAAAUGAGGGUUCUUUAUCGGCAUUGAUGGUUCCAUGAAAAACCUUUAACACCCAUGGAACCUUCCAUUGCAAGAAGGUGGGAAAAGGUUCUUAAGAUUCUUAAAAUGUUCUUUACGCUAAGAUUUUUUUUUCUUUUCUUUUAUGAAAUGUUCUAUUAAAGUUUCUUUGGGGAACCAAAAAUGAUUCUUCUGUAACUAUCCAUCAUAGUGACAACAAUUUGUAGUUUAAAGAUACAUAUUAUGUAUCUUGUUAUUAGUAUUUUAUAAAUAUUAAUAAAAUAAAGUGUUUGUUUAGUACUUUUGUCAAAUAUAUUUAAGGUCAAUUAUUGGAUAGCAUUUAUGCUACCUAAAAAGACUAUAUAAGAAUUGUUUUAACUCUACUUAAUAUUGAAUUUAACUCAUCAGUUGGCAUUUGGCAAUGUAAUUGCAUUAUCCCCAAAUAUAUUUUCCUUAGAAGUAUUAAAAAUAAUUGUUAAUCAGCUGUUAAAGAACCAGAAUCAGAACUGAAACCAGAACGUGUACAUGAUUCUCAUAUUUCAAUCUCAAGCAGGAAAUGUGCCCCAUCAGAGCAGAGACAAUAACAGAUCUGAGAAGCUCAAAAUGCACAGUGGCACUUCCUAUACAUACUGUACAUCCAAACAUUCCCGAUCCACUCCCCACAAAUGAACUGCUAGCGGUCAGCUGGUUUUAUGGCACAUGGUUUGUCUGUCAUAGAGAUAUUAGAUUCUAAACUGUAAUUCUGGAUGGAAAAAUGCUUCUUUCCAUUCAAUAUUUCUUACAUGCUCAAGCAACACUCCAUGUAUAAAUGUGCACCCUAUCAAACAAGUAAUGUCUCUCGGAUAAAAUGGAAAUAUAUUAAAAGAUUAAAUCCACGUGACAAACAAUACACAAAACCAAAAACAGAUUAAAGGAUUUAAAAGAAAUUGUUACCUAUACACAAUCACUUUGGUGUUCAAAAAUUAAUUUGCAGGAAACUUUAAAAUGUUGUAUUAGUGCAAACUACAAAAAUAUCUUGUGAACAUUUGACAUAUAAUGUACUGCAGAAUGCUGUGAAAUCUCUGCUAAUGUUACACACCCACCUGUAUGUUAGUGUUCGUAACACCCACUGAAUGUGUAAAAUAAACGUGAUACACAAUUGAA